AUGCGCGUGCUGCUGGUGUACACGCUCUUCUUCGGAACGGCGCUCGCCUUCCAACUCCCUUUUAAGGUCCCAUUCUUCACCACCAAACAGGUCAUCACUGAGGACCUCGAGGGCACGCCUAGGAUUGCCAUCAUUGGCGCCGGCGCUGGAGGCAGUUCUGCCGCGUUCUGGAUAGCCAAGGCUAAGGAAAGAUUUGGGGUAGACGUGGAAAUCGACGUAUACGAACGUUCUUCGUACAUUGGCGGCCGCAGCACCGUCGUGUACCCGUACAAUGACACCGACUAUGCUCCCGUCGAACUCGGCGCUUCCAUAUUCGUCGAGGCAAAUAAGAACCUGAUGAGGGCGUCCAAGGAGUUCAACCUUACUCUGACCAAAUUCGAGGACGACAACUCUGACACAGCCAUUUGGGAUGGAGAGAAGUUCAUCAUCACGAUGGAGAGUGGAGCAUGGUACAAGAGCUGGUGGGCAACUCUCAAACUUCUGUGGAGAUACGGCUACGCGUCUCCGAACAAGACGAGGUCCCUUGUCCAGGAUAUGAUCAAGCAAUUUGUUGGCUUGUAUACCACGGAGUCUCCGAGAUGGGAUAAUGUUGCGACACUAUCAGAGAAAUACGAAUGGAGCCAACUUACCAACUCCACUACUUUUGAAUAUCUUCAGUCUCUGGGCGUUUCUUCUCAGUUUGCUACGGAACUCGUGGAGGCCGCUACACGCGUCAACUACGGACAGGAUGUCGACGAAAUUCAUGCAUUAGAAGGUCUUUGCUCAAUGGCUGCGUCUGGAGCUUCGGGCGUCGAGGCCGGUAAUUUCAAGAUCUUCGAGCACUUCCUCAAGCACUCAGGCGCUACUGUUCAUCUGAACACCGAGGUAAAAGAGAUCGCUCGCAAGCACCCUGAUUCACCUCUAUGGGCCGUGCACUCCACCGCUGGCUCCCAGGUUUACCGUGGCAUCAUCCUUGCUGCUCCAUUCCACCAGUCCGGGAUCUCUAUCCCGGACGAGUUGGCCGAGACGAUCCCUGCCCAGCCAUAUGUACACCUACACGUAACCCUCCUCUCCACAACUUCGCCCCACCCGAACCCUCAGUACUUUGGGCUCCCUGCUGAUGCUGCAGUGCCCACCACAAUUCUGACCACUUACGAUGGCGUUCGUGCAGGCGGCUUUGAGCCCGAGUUCAACUCGCUAUCCUACCACGGUCCGAUUCACAAGACCGCGGUCCCAGGGGAAGCCAGCGAACGUGUAGAAGAGGUCACACAAGCUGACGACGCCGAGCAUGGUGCCGAGGAAGAGCAGGUACCUGAAGUUGAGGCGACCGAAAGCGCUGAGGUUCAGCCAGAGUGGGCUGUGAAGAUCUUCUCCAAAGAUCACAUGUCGGAUGAGUGGUUGAAGACGGUCUUCGGGCAAGUUGGAUGGGUGUAUCGCAAGGAGUGGGAUGCCUACCCCAAGCUUCCUCCCGCCGCCUCUUUCCCUCCCGUAAAGCUUGACCAAGGGUUUUACUACGUCAACUCGUUUGAGCCGUUUAUCUCGACCAUGGAGACUGAGACCAUCUCCUCCCGCAACGUCGUUGACUUGCUUCUACAUGAAGAAUUUGAGUCAGGCAUUUGCGGUUCGCUUCUUGGCAGCUCCGAGGAUGAAGUUCCGGCUUCGAACGCUACAUCGGAGGGCUUCGUGCUUGGUUGGGAUUGUUAA